UGGCCGCUAAAUAGACUUAAAUUAUUCCAACGACGCGAUUAUCUAGUUGGUUUUGAUAGAUUCAAUUGUGUUUGACAUUUUACGACAAAAUUGACGGCCGGUGAAGUUUGCACAAACUGUCGGCACGACUUUCUCCUCAUUUUAUUUAUAGCAUUCGGUGUAUUUACUACUGCUAUCAGGAGGUGCAAAGCAAUCCAAAAUGGGCAAAGAAAAAAUCCAUAUCAACAUCGUGGUCAUUGGCCAUGUAGACUCCGGCAAGUCCACCUCUACGGGCCACUUGAUCUACAAGUGUGGUGGCAUCGACAAGAGAACCAUUGAGAAGUUCGAGAAGGAGGCCCAGGAAAUGGGCAAGGGCUCCUUCAAGUACGCCUGGGUUUUGGACAAGCUAAAGGCUGAACGUGAGCGCGGCAUCACCAUCGACAUAGCCCUGUGGAAGUUUGAGACAGCCAAGUACUACGUAACCAUCAUUGAUGCCCCAGGUCACAGGGACUUCAUCAAGAACAUGAUCACCGGCACCUCGCAGGCCGAUUGCGCUGUAUUGAUCGUCGCUGCGGGCACCGGCGAGUUCGAGGCCGGCAUCUCCAAGAACGGACAGACCCGCGAACACGCCCUCCUCGCCUUCACUUUGGGCGUCAAACAGCUGAUCGUCGGAGUCAACAAGAUGGACUCCACUGAGCCGCCCUAUUCCGAGACUAGAUUCGAGGAGAUCAAAAAGGAGGUGUCCUCGUACAUCAAGAAGAUCGGCUACAAUCCGGCCGCCGUUGCUUUCGUACCAAUAUCCGGAUGGCACGGGGAUAACAUGCUCGAGUCCUCCGACAAGAUGCCGUGGUUCAAGGGGUGGAGCAUCGAGCGCAAAGAGGGGAAAGCCGAUGGCAAGACACUUAUCGAAGCUUUGGACGCCAUUCUGCCACCCUCUCGUCCCACUGAGAAGCCCCUGCGUCUUCCCCUGCAGGAUGUGUACAAGAUCGGCGGCAUCGGAACGGUACCGGUCGGCAGAGUCGAGACCGGCGUCCUGAAGCCCGGCAUGGUGGUAACUUUCGCCCCGGUGGGCCUCACCACCGAAGUAAAGUCGGUGGAGAUGCACCACGAGGCCCUGGCCGAAGCCGUGCCCGGCGACAACGUCGGCUUCAACGUCAAGAACGUCUCCGUGAAGGAGCUGCGUCGCGGCUACGUCGCCGGCGACUCCAAGAACAACCCGCCCAGAGGCGCGUCCGACUUCAUGGCCCAGGUGAUCGUCCUCAACCACCCCGGACAAAUCGCCAACGGCUACACUCCGGUCUUGGACUGUCACACCGCCCACAUCGCCUGCAAGUUUGCGGAGAUCAAGGAGAAAUGCGACCGCCGUACCGGCAAAACCACGGAGGAGAAUCCGAAGGCUAUCAAGUCCGGGGACGCGGCCAUCGUCAACUUGGUGCCGUCCAAGCCGAUGUGUGUCGAAUCUUUCCAGGAGUUCCCGCCGUUGGGCCGCUUCGCCGUGCGCGACAUGCGUCAGACCGUUGCCGUCGGUGUCAUAAAAUCCGUCAACUUUAAAGACACUGCCGGUAAAGUAACAAAGGCCGCCGAGAAAGCCCAAAAAAAGAAAUAACUAGGCAUAGCCAAGUGUUCUGCCACAUGCCCCAAGAAAAUCUUCAUCACUCAUUAUUACUUGUUGUUCUCUAGGUGGCUUCAGCAGAAUUAUUUUCAUCGAAAGGAGUUUAGAAGGAAAAAUUAUAUUGUUCGUUUUUUAGGUUUUUUUUUUAAUUUGUUGAAUUACAGUUUAUGUUUCUCUAAUUUUAUUACUGGAAAGGCAUUUCAGUUAGGGUAAGAGUUUUUGUUGAAUAUUUGUUAAUUUUUGUUAUGAUGAAUGAUAGACUUGAACUACAUGUAUAAUGAAAAAGCUUCAAUAAAUAAUCAAUAAAGAAGCAUUUAAACGUA